UUUUCGUUGUCAAUUCGGCUUUUAUAUACGAGAAUGAGCCUCCCUGUUCUUCACCAUUAGUUUUCUUUAGAAUCUAUGGCCACCUUAUUUCCCUAAUUAAAAAGGGCUUUGUCAGUCACAAAAAGACUGAUUUUUUUUUAGAAAUGGAGGAACAAACGGCAUGCAGUACUUCUUCAUUAGGGGAAUGGAAUACUGUGUUAGAUUGUGUCGAGUGCGAUUUUGAUUAUAAACCGAGCAAUGGCGUCGAGUCACAAGAUGCGCCCGUCCAAUCAGAAGUACGCUAUUAUUGUUACCAUUGCAAUGUCAGCUGUAGCCAGAAGAAGAAUCUCAGGACGCACAUUCUGUCGCACAUAGAAGGAAAGCCUCCGAAAAUUUUCACGUGUAAAUAUUGCGAUUAUAGCGGAACGACUCAGUGGCAUCUGAAACGACACAUGCUGAAACACUCAGGAAUGAAGCCGUACUCGUGCCAACUUUGCGGGUUUAACUGCAGCGACAAACGAAACAUGAAGAGACACAUGUCUGUGCACACGGGAGAGAAGCCUUAUUCUUGUGAACUUUGCGACUACAACUGUUCUGAACAAUCCAAUUUAAAGAGACAUAUGUCAAUCCACACAGGAGAAAAGCCUUUUUCGUGCAGUUUUUGUGAUUACAGGUGUGCUACACAGUCAAAUCUAAAGAGACACAUUAUGAUACAUACAGGGGAAAAACCGUUUGCGUGUAAUUUUUGUGAUUAUAAAUGUUCUUAUCUCUCCAGUCUGAAAAGUCAUACCCUCUCUCAUACAGGCGAGAAGCCUUAUUCCUGCUGCAUAUGUGAUUAUAAGUGUUCUUACCAGUCUAGUUUAAAGCAACAUAUGCACAGUCACUUGGGAGUUAAGAGGUUUUCAUGCAAUCUUUGUGAAUACAGAUGCAGCACUAAACGGACCCUGAAGUCCCAUAUGCUCAUCCAUACGUGCGAAACACCUUUCUCAUGUCAUCUCUGCUCUUACAGUUGUACCACCCAAGCGAAACUCAAGAAGCAUAUUAAAGAACACACAGAAGAUAAAAUUUUAUCUUGUAGUCUUUGUGACUAUAAAUGUAACGAUCGAAGCAAUCUCAAGAGCCAUAUGUUAUUGCACAAAGCGGAUAAGCCUUUCUCUUGUGAUCACUGCGAUUACAGAUCUUCACAUCAGCGCAAUUUGAAAAAUCACCUUUUGACUCACAUACGCGAUGAGCCUUUUUCCUGCACUCUUUGUGACUUUAGAUGCUCCGUAUCUAAUGCGCUGAAGAGUCACAUGCUCAUCCACUCAGACGAGGAGUGUUUUUCCUGUGGGUUUUGUGAAUACAGAUGUUCUCAGCAGUCGAACCUGAAAAGCCACAUGUUGAUUCACGUCAGAGAAACCCCUUAUUCUUGCAGUACAUGCGAGUACAGAUGCGCCCACCAAACCAGCCUCGAUAAUCACAUGCUCAUUCACACCGGUGAGGAGCCAUUUUCUUAGGGUAUUUGCAACAGUACGAACAAUCCUGGAACAAAGUAACGGAUGCCACUAUGUUGCACCCGAUUACAGCUGCCUGAUGGAAAUCAGUUUGACGAAACAGACAGCCACGAAAACUGACAUGAUGGAGUUGAUGAAAUUAAUAUUGACAUCUUUGUUGCAUGUAUUUUUGUUAAAUUUAUGUUAGAUUGUUUAAUAUUUAAAUGUAGAAAGUAAUGAUGUUAACUUAUUGUGUAAAUAUUUGUUUGUUAUUUAAUUUAAUAAUAUGAUAUUUAAUGACAA